GUCGAGCCAACAACUGCCUAUGCGAACUAUCCUCAGCAUACGACAUGCCUGAUAUCCUGGGCCUACCCCUCGAGAUUCUAUACUUGAUUCUGGACGAUUUAGAGUACGCAUCCGACGUCAACGCUGUAGCCCAGACAUGCCGCCGUCUAUACCAAGUUGCCAACAACCCCUACCUUUAUCCCAAAUUCGCCCAAGCAUGUUCCCCAAUGGGCCUUGAGCGGAUCGCAAAUAAUAAUAAUGUCGAUGCUAUCCGCAAGUUUCUUUCAAGCGGGGUUGACUUUGAUCAGCUCUAUCGCGCCAUCCGCUCCCCACCGGAUGGCUUGACUUCCAUUCUUCUAAACCUGUGUGGGCCAGAGUACUUUAGCAAAACUAUCAGCAAAAGGGACCUUGCAGAAAUUGCAAUUCGGAGAGGACACCUAGAUCUCCUCAGACUCUUCAUUUCCGACAAUUCUCUAGAUACGCACAUCCACGAGCCCAUUCUGAACGCGACUCGUGACGGUCCACUUGAGUCUGUUAAAUUGUUGAUCGAGGCAGGGUUUAAAGUCAAUAGAACAGACGGCUACUAUUUCCCCUUGUUAGCUGCCGCUGACAAAGGUUCUUUGGAUAAAGUGAGACUCCUCCUCGAUGCUGGGGCUGACCCCAACCUGGAGGCUUUUCGGCCCCCAAGACCCCACGAACCUGUUUACAAACCUCUACAACGUGCGGCAAUAAGAGGUCACCGAGAUGUAGUUCAAUAUUUGCUGGAAAAAGGAGCCUUCUACACCCACCACGAAAAGUUCGACGCGGAAGGGAUUGAGAAACUGGUUGGCGAGAGCAAGGAAGCUAUAGCAACUCUGCUCCUAGAGUCAAUUGAUUUGGAUGAGGAGCUAAAAGAUGCAGAAACGCGAGCCUAUCUAAUGGCAUAUGCAACUGCGGUAGGCAAUGAAAGCCUAGUCCGGCGGCUCUUGAUGUUCAAAACCGUAAUCAAGCGCCUAGCAUUAGAAAAAGCCGCAUAUCAUGGACACACGAUAAUUGUGAAAAUCCUACUUGAUGAGGUUAAAUCUAGCAGAUCGGCCCCCGAACAAAAAUCGAAUUCCAUCGUCUACGCUAUUGAUGGAGCCAUCCGAGGAAACCAUGCAUCCACCCUGCAGGAAGCACUUGCGUAUUGCAGCGAACGUGUGAUCAAUCGCCGAGGGCGCGAAAUACUGCAACACACUGUAGAAAACGGAAAUUCUGAAAUAUGGCAAGUGCUUUUGGAUCACAAGGUUUUAGAUAUCGUUCUCAACGCACGCGGUGACCGCAAAAUAGGGUUGGAAGCACUGAGAGACCUUCUAUCCAUAGCCCUUGAAUCUGGGAAUAGCACCGUUCUUUCGCACAUGCUCGAGCAGGCCGAUCUGAGAGCCUUCAAUUUCCUAGAUAAGGAGACUUCAGAGAAACUCUUGAUGACAGCAGCGAGGUGUGGUCAGGUGGACGCGAUUAGACAGAUUUUGACGCGUGGUGUGAGUCUUAAUCCAGAAGACGAGAUGUACAAACAUAUCCUUGUGCAGGCCGUAGAAUACAGACAGGCGGGAAUCAUCAAGCUUUUUCUUGAUAAUGGUUUUGAUGCAAACGGCAUGUAUCCCACUAAGAACCACGGACAAGACCCAUUGCUAUGCCUUCUGGCCAGGUGGAGUCCGGCAGGUAGGGCUUUAACAGGUCGGACAGCGAAAACCUCAGACUUGAUGCUAUCCGCACGCUUGUUACUCAACAACGGUGCUGAGGUAGAUGCUACGGGCGAUAGUGAGCGAACAGCACUUGAAGUUGCAGUGAGACGCCACCAAUUUGAUCUCGCAAACGAAUUGCUCCAGCGAGGUGCAGACCCGUUGCGUGAAAAUCGAUUCCAAUCGAGCGCAGUGCAAAUGAUUCUUAAGACUCCCUCGCCCUCACCUGACCAGUUGACACUGCUUUUGAAAAAUCUUUCGAUUCAUAAGCCUCAUCACCGUGAUUUCAUUCAUCAAAUUCCCACUCUCACAAGUAAAUGGUGUGUUAUUCCUCACGCAGACCCAACAUUGGAUAUGCAGCGCUGGACUGAGAUAUGGGAUGAAAUUGGCUGUAUAAAAAAAAAGAAGAUUAGUGUUAACCUUGCUGAAGAUGAUGAGAAGCAGCGCUUUAUUAUGGAAGCACCAAAGGAUUCUGACUGGUGGCAAAGGUUCAUCAUUAUCAAGGAGCUAAGAAAAUUCUACUGGCGUACGACUUCUCCAGCUCCUAUAGAUAGGAUCUGAGUUCGAUGUGGAUUACUGUGUUGCUAUUAAGACCUGCAAUGAUCAGAUAGAUGGCAUGUCCGCAUAGGUUUGAUAGAAUCAUCAUAGACAGUC